ACCUUGCGUGCGCGCACCACCCCCGCCAUGGCCGCGCCAUGACACACACCGCCACCACCCCGCAGCUACCGCUACCUCACACACACCCACUCCGCUCCACCACCUCCCCCAUGCUUCCGCGCCGCGCCCUCGCCGUCCUGCUCCUCCUCCCGCUGCUUCUCCUCUCCUCCUUGGCGCUCGCCCAGCCGCAGCCGCAGCCGCUCCAUCCCCAGGACCUCGCGGCGCUGCACGGCCUGCGCGCGUCGCUGGGCCUGCGCGCGCGGGACUGGCCCGCCAGAGCUAACCCCUGCACCGCCUGGGCCGGCGUCGCCUGCCGCGCCGGCCGCGUCGCGGGGAUCCGCCUCGCGGGGCUCCGCCGCACCCGCGCGGCCGCCCGCGCGCUCGCCUUCGCCGUCGACGCGCUGCGCGGCCUCACGGCGCUCGAGUCCCUCAACGCCUCCGGGUUCCCGCUCCCCGGGCCCAUCCCCGCCUGGUUCGGCCGCGGCCUCCCGCCGUCGCUCGCCGUCCUCGACCUCCGCUCCGCCGCCGUCCGUGGCGACCUGCCCCCCGACCUCGGCUCGUCCGGGAGCCUCGCCGCCCUCGUCCUCGCCGGUAACAGCCUCUCCGGCCCGAUUCCCGCGUCGGUCUUCGACAGUAAGGCUCUCCGGGUCCUUGAUCUUUCCAACAACAAUCUCACUGGAGAGCUCCCAGUCGUGUCUGCCUCUGCCGGUGAUGGACCCGGGGUUCUGUUCAGCGUCUCGGGGAAUUCGCUCUACGGUGCAAUUGGCGAUGACCUCGAGGUGUCCCUCAAGAAGAGGUUUCGGGUGGUCGAUGUGUCCAGCAAUUACUUCGGCCUAGUGGCCGGGACUGCUCUUGUGAAUGGCUCUGAUGGAGCAGUCCAUAUCGACAUGAACUGCUUGACAGGCAUGCCAAGCCAGCGCAGCCGUGGUGACUGCGAGGGUUUCUACAAGAGGAAUGGAUCGCCAUUGCCAGACCCACCCACGGGCAAGAAAGGGGUCAAGAGGAAGCAUGCACUAGCAGCAGUUCUUGGAGGAGCUGCCGCAGUCGUGGUUGCCCUUUUCCUUGCAGCACUGGUUCUGUGUAUGGUGAGGAGAGGGAGAAGGAGGCCGAGAGGAAGAGGGUUGGAGCAGAACGACGACGGCGUCCGCUCUGCCCGCAAGAGCAGCAGCGUGAACCCGAUGGUGCUGUCGCCAUCCUGGGCAGCUAACAGUCCACCCAAGGGUUUGCCUGCUACUGUGGAUGGGUUCACCUACGAGCAGCUGCACCAUGUCACGGGCGGCUUCGGAGAUGAUAACCUUGUUAAGCGUGGGCGCUCUGGGGACAUCUACCGUGGUGCCUUAGAGAGCGGCUUAAAUGUCGUCGUGAAGAAGACCGACCUGAAGAGCAGUAAGAAGAACAUAGUGGAGUUGGGGUUUCUUGGGAAAAAGUCCCAUGCGAGGAUUGUCCCGUUGCUGGGGCAUUUGGUCAAGGAUGGCGAGGGAUUGCUGGUGUACAAGUACAUGGCCAAGGGAGAUUUGACAACCGCACUGCACAGGAAGCCAGUGCAUCCCGAAGAGGGGUUGUGUUCAUUGGAUUGGAUAACAAGACUGAAGAUUGCCAUUGGUGUCGCUGAGGCCUUGUGCUUCCUUCACGAUGAAUGCAGUCCACCAUUGGUUCACAGAGAUAUCCAAGCAAGCAGUGUGCUUCUUGAAGACAAAUUUGAAGUGCGCCUUGGAAGUUUGAGUGAAAUUUGCCUUCAACCAAGUGAGGGAAGCAGGAGUUUCUUCUCUAGGGUGUUGAGAUCAUCAAAGUCUCUUGACAAGAAUAUAUCAGGUCCACCUGCUAGCUGCUCAUAUGAUGUUUACUGCUUUGGAAAGGUGCUGCUUGAGAUAAUCACCGGGAAUUUUGGUGCGAGUGGCUCAAGUGACACUGAUUCAGAGGAUUGGUUGGCAAGCACGUUAGGCUAUAUUGAAACACAUGACAAGGAGAGCAUCUCAAAUAUUGUAGACCCUUUACUUAUUGUGGACGAAGACCACCUAGAAGAAGUAUGGGCAGUCUCCAUUGUGGCGAAGGCAUGCUUGAAUCCAAAGCCCUCUAGGCGGCCACUUGCUCGGUACAUCUUGAAAGCGCUGGAGAACCCGCUAAGGGUGGUCCGGGAAGAGCUCUUCUCGAGCUCCAGUUCACCUCGGAUCAGGAGUACCUCAUCUCGAAGCUCUUGGCGUUCUGCUUUCCACGGGGACUCGUACCGGUACUCGGAGGUGCAAGUAUCAGGGAAAGCACUUACGCGCAAACACUCGGCGGAAUUGCACGGAAGCGAUGAGGACGAAAACUCGUUCUCGUUCAAGAAGGCUUCACGGGAGAUGUUCCCGCGUUCACUAGAGCUGGAAGACAGUGAUGUUGUGUAGGAUUACCACAUAUUAGCGAUACUUUUUUUUGUUAACCUCAGAUAUGUAUAGUCAUCCUCUCAUGUGCACAUAUUGAUGUCGUGGUAGUUGCAAAAACUGUGCAUACAGGGAGUAGGCUUUCUUCUCUUUCCCCCUUGCCGUUUCAGUUUUCUGUAGCCUGUACUGAGAAUAAAUGUGAUAUACAGGGAAAUAAACGGCGCUGCAAGUAGCCAAUAGUUUUGGUGAGCA